AUGAGUGAUGAUAAACCAUUUGUAUGCACUGCCCCUGGAUGUGGCCAGCGUUUUACCAAUGAAGAUCAUCUGGCUGUACACAAGCAUAAACAUGAGAUGACACUGAAGUUUGGGCCUGCUCGCAAUGACAGUGUAAUCGUUGCAGAUCAAACGCCGACACCAACUCGAUUCUUGAAGAACUGUGAAGAAGUGGGUCUUUUUAAUGAACUUGCAAGUCCGUUUGAAAAUGAUUUUAAGAAGGCUUCAGAUGAUGACAUCAAGAAGAUGCCCCUGGAUCUCUCUCCUCUUGUAACUCCUGUUAUAAGAAGUAAAAUUGAAGAGCCAGCUAUUGUUGAAACAACACAUCAAGACAGUCCAUUACCUCAUCCUGAGUCUACCACAAGUGACGAAAAGGAAGUGCCAUUGCCAACCGCACAGCCCACAUCUACCAUCGUUCGACCUCCAUCUCUUCAGGUUCCAAAUGUGCUGCUUACAAAUUCGGACUCAAGUGUUAUUAUUCAACCAGCAGUACCUUCCCCAACUUCCAGCUCUGUAAUUACCCAAGCGCCACCUUCUAACCGGCCCAUAGUUCACCCAGCAAAGAUGAUUUUUUCACUGCCUGAUAUACAAAUAGCCAUUAGAGGGAGAAUCUACAACUCUGCCUAUGAAAUACCAUCAUGA